AUGCACUCAGCCAGUAUGCCACAGGAGGAGGUGCCAAGCACUGGGAAAGAGGCUAAGGUUUUGGUCCCCUUUACUUUAGAGCUUGCUCUCGAGGGUGCUGAGGUAUUUGUCUUUUCAACCGAGGUCCUUGCCCACGUGGUUUCGUUUGCUCCAGCUACCUCUGUAACUCUUGCUCCUAUUCCAACUUUUGCUUCUGGGAUUACUGUGUUGUUUGUUGUUCCUACUGACCCUACUCUAAUUGAUUCUCCUGAGGCUCUUGUGUUGACUAAGCUACUCACCAAAGUGGAGAGAGAACGUGAUGAGCUAAAGGAAGAGAAUGAUCGUCUGCAGGCUGUGAAUGCUCAUUUGGAAGAGAAAAUAUAUGAGUUGAAGAGAAGGCCUGGAGGGGCUUAG